AUGGCCUCUGUUGCUAUCAUUGGUGCUGGGCCCGUUGGAUGCUUAGCCGGACUCGGGUUUGCUCAUAAAGGAUAUAAGGUCACUCUCUAUGACUCGAGACCUGACCCUAGAAUCAUCGAGGAUCAGAGUUUGAGGUCGAUUAAUUUGGCCGUUAGUGAUCGUGGCAUUAAUGCGAUGAAAUAUAUUGAUUCUGAGAUGACUGGAAGGGUUCUCGAAGGAAUCAUACCCAUGUAUGGUCGAAUGAUUCAUCAUCUGGAUGGAGGUCAAGAAUCCCAGAAAUAUGGAUUGUUCGGCGAACAUAUCAAUUCCAUAGAUAGGGAUAAAUUGAAUCAAUGCUUGAUUACCGAACUUGAAAGGUUCAAUAACUUGAAUCCUGAUAACAAGGUAGAGUUUAAGUUCCAAUGUAAGUUCACUACAAUGCACGUAGAGGAGGAUGCAGAUAAUGUCGUCAUCGAGUAUUAUGAUCUCCUGAAGAAGAAGCAAACCGGUAUUUACGAUUUUGUUGUUGGUGCUGAUGGUUGCUAUUCACGUGUGAGAAGUACCCUAAUGAAAUAUAUCCGUAUGAAUUAUCGGCAGGUGUACAUUGACAUGUGUUACUUGGAGUUGACUAUUCCUCCGGGACCUGAAGGCUCUUUCCGAAUCGAUGCAAACCAUCUUCAUAUCUGGCCCAGAAGGGAUUUUAUGUUGAUCGCUUUACCUAACGGUGAUGGCUCGUUCACUUGCACUUUCUUUGGUCCUUGGAAACUUACCGAGUCCUUGAACACCAAGGAAUUGGUAGAAGAUUUCUUCAAGAAGCACUUUUCAGACGCCAUCAAUCUUAUUGGUUUAGGCAAGAUUGUAAUCGCCUUUUUGAACCAUCCUAAAAGUGCGCUUAUGCAUGUCACGUGUAGCAGCUAUCACUAUAACGAUAAGUGUAUUCUUAUUGGUGAUUCUGCCCAUUCCAUGGUUCCAUUUUAUGGUCAGGGUAUGAAUUGUGGUUUUGAAGACGUGAGAGUGCUCUUGGAAUUGUUGAAUAAGCAUGAUCAAAGCAGAAAAGCUGCGUUUGACGAAUACAGCGCCUCUAGACAUAAGGAUUUGGUCUCAAUUUUAAGAUUGGCACUAGAUAAUUAUUAUGAGAUGUCUACGAAGGUCCAGUCUCCUCGUUACCUUUUUAGAAAGAAAUUAGAUAACAUCUUGGGACGUUUUUUCCCAGAUCAUUGGAUUCCUCUUUACAGUAUGGUUGCUUUUAGGGCUGACAUUCCAUACUCUGAGUGUAUUCGGGUUGAGAAUAGACAGAAAAAACUAGUCAAGAUUCUUGAGAGCACAGUUUUGACAAGCGGAUUGGCCUUAUUGGUGGUUUAUCUUUCGAAGAAAUCAAAUUGA